AUGUCGAACGUCGUUGGCUGUGAAGGGCUUUCAUCAACAUCGGCAGCUGCUGCCCCCAGUAAGUGGGUGAAGCCACCCGGAACUAUCAAUUCGGAUGAUCGUGAAAGUGUAGCUGGCUACUAUCAAGCACCCAACAUCAUUUUACUUCCGCCUACCUCCUUCAACCAUUUACCAUUUCCCUCCUAUGGUCUAUCCUCGCUCUACUCUCCUUCACCCACAUUAUAUGCCAGCGCAGCACUUCAUCGUGGCUAUACGUACACCUUUCAUUUUCAUCCUUAUGUCGGUCAUCUUACUGCACUCUUGUUCAUGAUGGCACCAUCCAUGGAUCUCAAACAUACCGACCUGGGAAACUUCUCCAAUGCUAUUAGAGAUAUGUCUGUCUGUUGGUUGAACAAUGAUAUGGACCCUAUCGCUGUCAUUCAAUUUGUCGAUGACGUCAAGGUGAGACACCAAAGAUGGGAGCAGACUUUCCAUGAAAUCGGCCUAGGCGUAAAGAAGAUCUGGGCACAUCCGACUACCCAAAAGGCCCUAAAGGCCUACAAGUUCGAAAUGUAG